AUGAAUACUAUUAAAAUCCAUGCAAAACCUCAAGAACCAGUUUUAACGAAAUUUGUACAACUGAGUGAUUUGAAAAUAUCGACAGACAAUAAUAAUCCCAAGUUACAUGAAGAUAAUUCAACAUUAAUUAAAAAACUUCGAACUGUAGAAAUAUAUAAAUAUGCAGAUGGCUUAGAUAUAUUUCUAUUGAUUAUUGGCACAAUAGGUUCAUUUGCUAGCGGUGCAUGUCUACCAUUAUUAUUAUUCGUUUAUCAACAAGUGAUCGAUGCUCUUGUGAACUAUGGCAAAUUGAAUUAUAUUGCACAAAUGAAUUUUCAAAAUCGUUCUCAACUAUCGUGUGAAAAUGGAGGAUUUGAUGUUCCUAAUAAUACAACAAGUCCUAUUCGAGCUAUAAAAAAUGUGGCUAGUUGGUACGUUCUAUUGGGUUUUUUGAGUAUUCUAUUUUCUACGAUUGCCUUUUCGGCCUAUAUGAUAUCAGCUGAAAGACAAAUACGUCGAAUAAGAUUUCGUUUAUUUCGUAAUAUUCUCUAUCAAGAGAUGUCCUUUUUCGAUACACUUGGUGGCAAAGGUAAAUUAAGUAAUAUGUUGACAGAUGAUUUAUUGAAAAUAAAAGACGGCAUUGGUGAUAAAAUGGCCGAUUUUCUAUCAUUAUUGGCUCGUAUGAUCGGUUGUCUUAUUUUUGCACUUGUCAAAGGAUGGAAAUUAACUUUAGUUAUUUUGGCUGUUGCUCCACUCGUUAUUAUAGCUUUCAAUUUAACAAUUAAAUUUACUAUUAAAUAUACAAAAGAACAAAUACAUGCAUAUGCUAAAGCAAAUAGUAUCGCACAAGAAGUAUUGAUUGCAAUACGUACUGUAACGGCUUUCAAUGUACAGAAAAAAGAAUAUGAAAGAUACGCAAAUAGUUUAUUAAAAGUACCGUUGAUUGGAAUUAAAAAAGGUAUAGUUCAAGGUUUAUGCCAAAUAUUUUCAAAUAUUGCCAUUGGUAUUGUAUUUACGGCUGCACUUUGGUAUGGACAAUAUUUAAUUCAAACUGAAUGUCUUGCUUAUUCCGCUGGUAUACUUGUUACUAUAAUUAUUGCUUGUUUAAAUACAACAUGGUGUCUUAAUCAAAUAGUUCCUAGUUUGGAAAAAUUUGCUGAUGCUGCAGCUUCUGGUUCAUUCAUUUUUGAGACAAUAUCAAGAAAAUCAAAAAUCGAUGCAUCAUUAGUAGAUGAAGGUGAAAAACCAGUGUCGUUUACAGGAGAAAUAAAACUCGAAAACGUUCAGUUUACAUAUCCAGCUCGCCCAGAACAACCAAUCCUUCAAACAGUUAAUCUUACAAUUCCAAGUGGUAAAACAGUCGCCUUAGUUGGACAAUCUGGUUGUGGAAAAAGUACAAUAUUUUCUUUGAUAAUUCGAAUGUAUGAUCCUGAUGAUGGCCAAGUAUUACUAGAUGGUCGCGAUAUUCGAAAAUUAAAUAUUGAAUGGCUUCGUUCACAAAUUGGAUAUGUUGGGCAAGAACCUGUAUUAUUUUCCGGCACAAUUGCAGAUAAUAUUCGGUUGGGUAAACCUGAUGCUACAGAAGAAGAAAUCUAUGAAGCUGCUAAAAUGUCAAAUGCUCAUAGUUUCAUUCUUGAAUUACCUGAAAAAUAUCAAACAUCAGCAAAAGGAAUGCUAAGUGGUGGGCAAAAACAAAGAAUUGCUAUUGCUCGUGCCAUUAUUUCGGAUCCAAAAAUUUUACUUUUAGACGAAGCAACUUCAGCAUUAGACAAUAGAAGUGAAAAAAUUGUACAAAAUGCAUUGAACAAAGCAAGUCAAGGUCGAACAACAGUUAUCAUUGCACAUCGAUUAACCACUAUUCAAGAUGCUGAUCAUAUUCUCGUUUUUGAUAAAGGACAUAUUAUAGAACAAGGUACACAUGAAGAAUUGUUACAAAUUGAAAAUGGACUUUAUCGCUCGUUGGCUGCUCAUUCAGCUCCAGAUGAGGAAGAAGAAGAAGAAGAAGAAGAAGCAACAUGUGGCAUCAAACGAAAAACAUCAAAUGCUUCCUCAUUAAAAUCAAGUCGAAAAAUGUCUUCGUCUACUAUUGAAGAAGCAUCAUUAAAUGAAAACGAGCAAAAUCCGAAGUAUUCUUGUUGUCAUACUCCAUUCUUUAUUAAAUUACUUAAAUUAAAUUCACCUGAAAAAUUCUAUCUAUUUAUUGGAUGUAUAUGUUCUCUCAUGUUCGGCUGUGUUGAACCAGUAGUUGGUCUCAUCUAUUCGAUUGUUUUUGGACUUUUGGCAAAUCCAAAUCUUGCAGAUCAAUCGCAAAGUACAAGAGAUUUAUCGUUGAUAAUUUUUAGUAUUUAUAUUUUUGCUGGUAUUGUACAAUGUCUGAGUACAAUUACAUUUGCUAAAUCAGGUGAAGCAUUAACAUUACGAAUGCGUUUACGGACAUUUCAAGCAAUGCUAAGGCAGGAUAUGAGUUGGUUCGAUGAAGAAACAAAUAGUGUUGGAUCAUUGAUCACUCGAUUAUCUACAGAUACAGCUGCUCUUAAAGGUUUAACAGGUGUUCGACUGAAUGCACUUGUUUCAUCUUUAGGUGCGCUGAUAUUUACACUUGUUGUUGCGCUGAUGGCUGGCUGGAAAUUGACAUUAGUUGUUCUAUGUUUCACUCCAUUAUUAAUUUUUUCCGGUUAUCUACAAGGGCAAACACAAUCGAAAGCAGGGCAAUCAAAAACAGCAAAAUCAUUUGCUGAAGAAGGUGGGCGAUAUGCAGUUGAAGCUAUUCAAGAUAUUCGUACGGUAGCAACUUUGAAUCAAGAAAAAUUUUUUAUCCAAAGAUAUGAAGAAGCAUUUAAUCAAGAUUUUAAGAAACGAAUGUGCAAAAUUCAAAUUCAGGCAUUAGGCAAAGCAAUAGCAAAUUCAUUUUUAUAUUUUAUACAGGUUACAACAUUCAGUUAUGGUGCAAGUUUAAUUGAAAAUGGUGAAAUGGAUUUUUCACAAGUAUUUCGAGUUUAUAUAGUUAUUAAUUUUGCAUCCAUGUCGAUUGGUCGAAGUACAUCUGCCAUGCCCGAUUAUAAUAUAGCUAAAACAGCAGCAGAACGUAUUCUUGCAUUACAUAAUCGUCAAUCUGCAAUUGAUCCAUACAACGAAGAUGGUUUAAAACUGGAUCAUUUUCAAGGCAAUAUCGAAUUCCAUAAUAUUACAUUUUCAUAUCCAACACGGAAAACUCGACUUGUUCUAAGCAAUUUUAAUCUUAAAUGUUUAGAAGGACAAACGACAGCAUUGAUUGGUUCUUCAGGUUGUGGGAAAAGUACAACUAUUUCUCUUUUACUUCGUUUUUAUGAUUCAACAGAUGGUAAAAUCUUUUUGGAUAAACAUGAUAUCAAAAUAUUAAAUAUAAAUUGGCUUCGGUCAAUCAUUGGUUUUGUUCAACAAGAACCCGUUCUAUUUAAUCGUACUAUAGCAGAAAAUAUUGCAUAUGGAAUUGAUCAUAGACAAGUAGCUUUGGAAGAAAUAGAAGAAGCAGCUAAACAAGCUAAUAUUCAUCAAGAAAUUCUUCAAUUUCCUCAAGGUUAUGAAACUAAUUGUGGUAAUGUUGGAAAUAGUCAACUGAGUGGUGGUCAAAAACAACGCAUAGCUAUAGCUCGAGCACUGCUAAGAAAACCUAAAAUACUUCUACUUGACGAAGCUACAUCUGCACUCGACAAUACAUCCGAAGGAAUUGUUCAAGAAGCAAUCGAUAACGCACGAAAAGGUCGAACAUGUUUAACUAUUGCUCAUCGAUUAACAACUAUAAAAAAUAGUGAAAAGAUCGCUGUUGUCAAGAGUGGCCGUGUACAUGAAGAAGGACAGCAUGAAGAUUUAUUAAGACAACAAGGUUUAUAUUAUAAACUUCAACGAGCAACAGAGCAAUCACAUAAUCAACAAUGA